AUGAAAAUAUUGGCAUUGUUAAUUUGUUUAAUAGUUAUUUUAAAGUGUUGUGAAGGUGGAUUCAUUGGACCAUCGGGUGAAAUUGGUAGAUCCAGUCUUACAAAUAGAAAAACUCAGGUGGUAACAUCUGCUGUGAGAAGUGCAGCAAACCAAGUGCAAUCACAAACCGGCCAACCACCAUUUGCAAAGUUCCAAAGUGUUAUCUAUGCAACCCAACUCUACAAUGACAUCUUUUAUUUCAUUAAAGUACAAGUUUCCGAUGAUGCCAAUGGCUAUGCUCAUAUUAGAGCCCGUUUACCAUUAAUUACUUUCUUUAAUUUCAAUUCAACUAGAAACGCUGUUUUGGAAGCAUUGGAAACUGGACAUACCUUACAAGAUCCCAUUAAAUAUAUGGAUCCAUCCUUGAAUUUGGUUGGUGGUGUUAUCAACAUUCAAAACGGUGUUCUAUCGGACAGCAAUGGUAGACAGAUCAAUUUGAAUAAUCCAAACAUCAUCAUGCAGGCAUCAAAGAACGGUGGUCUCAGAACUAAACCCGAAUCAAAACGUACCCAAACAGUUCCUCCCUCCAAAUACUCUCUUCAUGGAACUGAAACAUUCGAUUAUUAA